GGUGCGCUCUGGACGCACAUCAGGCGAACAGGCUGGAGGUCUGCGACAGAGCGGAGGACCCGCACAGGCGGACUGACGCGCGGCUCUCCCCGGGAAUUAUCGCGGUUUGUCCGAAUCGGAGGGAGGCUGUCCCGCCGGCUUCUGCAGCGUCUCUCUCACGUGGAGGAGCGGGGAUGUGAUGGGUGCUGGAGCGGAGUCUGGAGAUGAUGAAGAGCAGGUUUCUGAUCUCGAAGUUGGGUUGUUACUUCCACGCGACGCUCGGAGGGGGAUAACGGAGACGCGACGCUUUCACAGACGGAUUUAAAUCAUUCCUUAAAUUUGCAGAGCCACUGAUUCUUUCUGCUCCACAUGUGGGAUUCAUGAUGCUCCAGCUCACCUUUGGAUCGUACACGUUGCCCGGCUGAUGAAGCGGGAUUGUGGUCUUUGAAUGCCCACUAUCUGAGUGAACAGGACGCUCCACAUCCAGGUCAACUGACCGUCUCAUGUCUGCGUGAAGAGCCCCACUGUGACAUGGAAACACCGGGACUCUACAGGCUGCUGUACUACUUCAUCCUCAACUGGCCCUUCAUGUGCUGUGCGCACGGUAAGUGGAGAGAUCAGGCUAUAUUAUCUAUAGGAAGCAGCUGUCUGUGCCUUUGCACUGUACAACUGUUGAUUGAUAGAGUGAAGAGGAGGAGGAGUGCAGAGCAAACAGCUGAACAGUAAAAACAAACGCAGCUGUGCUCCAUCACAGCUUCCUGCUCGCCAUUAUUUGAUCAAAUAAAGCCGGAGGCAGAUUAUAGGUCACAGCAGCUCUAAUAAAACUGUCAGAGUCUAUAAAUUACGUCUAAUGGGGACUAUAGGAUGAGGGCUUACUGCCUGAAUACUGCUGCCAGAGGACGGACGAGCCAAACUAGGGCUUAUGAAACAUGUUUCCACUCAUUAAUCUCUGCCUCUCUCCACAUCUCCCUCCGAACCUAAAGCUGCAUUUACUGAAGUCCCUAAAGAUGUGAGUGUGGGGGAGGGAGAAGACGUGGAGAUGCCCUGCGCCUUCAAGGCGGUCAGCGCAACGCCGAUGUCUCUGGAAAUCCAGUGGUGGUACCUGAAGCAGGACGUGCCCAAAGACCUGAGCCAUGAGCUGCAGAUCAGCGCUCCAUCCAACAGGGACUACAAGGUGACUGUUACACUGGUAUCACCAACACAGUCCAUCAGCACAAAUAACACCUUAAAUACUGGGCUCUGGGGAUGUGUAUCUCCACCACUGAGGCCGAUUUGAUACACAUCUCGAUAUGCUGCCACCGAUACAUGCAUUAAUAACACACUGAACCCCCCUGGUACCAUGCAAUAUGAUUUACUCCUGUUCACAUACAAUGCCUUUCAAAAAUUAUUUGGUUGGUGAGACUUGGUUUAAUAUGUGAUCCAGUUUGAUCCAGUUAGUUUUGGUACUUGAGUUUAUUAGCCCACAUCAGGUUUCUUACUCUCUGUAAAGGUUGGGUUAGUACUCAGUAGCCUACUUGAUAUUUGGUUUGUUUUUAUGGAGCAAACCAUUAAAUCUCAUUUUAAAGAAAAGACACAGUCCAGUAUGUACGGACAGACCAUUUGAUUUUAUUUAUAUAAAGCACUUCUUAGUCCUAGCAUAUAUGAUAUGCCGUGACUGUGAUAUAUGACUAAGUGGUACAGGAUGUCCAGUCAUUCACAGUGAUAGCAACUCUUUGGGCAUUACUCAGGGAUUCCACUACCUCUCUUUUCACUUGGUUGUACAGAGCACGAGUUUGUGUGUCAGUAAAGAAUGCCCUUUGUGGUAUUUUAUACCUUGGGUCUAAAAUGUGAAGGACUUGUUUGAGUCCCUCAUUCUCUACGACGGGGUAGGGCUGAAUAUCUUUGCAGAUAAACUAGCCUAUGGCAUUAGUUGUGGUCUGGGAAUGGGCAGAGUUAGCAGCUAGAGGAAUGUUGUGUCCAAAGAAACUUGUGAUAGACCUGCUUUCAGUCUCAGCUUUGCUACCACUCAGUGUAACUGGUGCUUCGGUAGAAUCCGAAGGAGAGGAGGGGGGAGCAGCAAGCAGCGGUGCAUUCAGAUUGCCUUGGAAACACCAUAGGGCAGGGAAUAGAUAGAGUAGAAUAUGAUAUAAUUGAUUUAACCAUGGAUUUUACCAAAGCAGACAGGCUAGAAGUGAUGCACUGCAAAUUCACCCAUAAAUAACAUCUGAUGCACCCCAGAUUUACUGAUGCAAUCACAUUACAAAUGUUUGUAUCGAAUUGAUAAAUCUCACCACUCCUACUGGGCUCUGACUGGUUGUUGGGCGUUGGUUAAAUCCUGACACUGGACACCUAAUUCUUAGAAUCAGUUAAGAUAGAUUUCCACUGUUCCUGAUGAAUGUACUGGCUUCAUACCAGUCUCCAUUAAAAAUAAGUUACCAUAGAUAGAGUUCUCACCUGUCGAGUUAGAAGUGCUUGUAAUGAAAAAAAGAAAAACGGUAAAACUGUUUACCUUUUAAAGAAAUCUACACCUUGCAUGGUGUGUGUGGAUGGAGAAAUUAGAUAUUUAGACCAAAAUCCUUUUUUGUACCAGGCUGUAAACACAUUUAUUUUGGUUUGAAGACAGUCUUUUUUGAAUGGGUGUGUAUGUGACACUAUUAGCUUUUGAAGCCAGCCUCAAGUGGACACUUCAGGAACUGCGUCUUUUGGCACAUUUACAUCAGUUUUGUUUUCUGGCUGAAAAGGUUAGUCCCUCCAGUGUUCAAAGUGACUUGUGUGCUUGUCCACACUCUUGUCCACAUUUACAGCAGUCAUAUGUCCUACCACAAUAUGACCACUUGCAGUCAUAUGUCCAACAUUAAAUCACAGUUGACCUUAUUAUAGUAACACUGACUUUAGACUAAAACUAUGCAUAUAGAUGAGCUGUAUUUGGUAACAAAAAAACAAAGUGACUCAAACUAAACUCACCAGCAACUCUGAAAUGAGGUGACUCACCCGAGUGCACGCAGAGAACAUGAAACAUUAUGGCCCUACAUGCAUCACCCUGUGGUUUUUACACUUGGUUGGUCUCUGUAAUCAGUGGUUGCUUGAGGUCGCCAUCUGCAUCAGUCGUGAGAUUCAUCACACACUCAUGAGAUGAAAUCUAACCAAACUCAUUCUUUCUUUUAUGUAUUUAAUGACUUUGUUGGUGGCUCUGAUGAACCGCUCACUUAUAAAUCCAUUUUUGCUGCAACAGAUACAGAAGACUUGAAAGUGAUUGUAUAGCAGUGAUCCAGUUGUGCCCUCUUUCCAUUUAUUUGGCAUACAUUAGAGAACUAUUUUAGCCUUGACUGUUUGUAUAAGCUAAUCAUGGUUGAAAAUGCGAGGGAUUUGUGGACAAAUAUUCAACUAGCACCCCUUUGCCAUCCACUCAGGGGCAGACAGAUGGUGUCAUGUGUCAUGCAUAAAGUGAAUGGCUCAUUUCUUUAUUCAUGGUAACUGUACAGGUACAUUUUACUCACCUGCUUCGAUUAUGCAGAGGCACAACUGUGUAAAAACGAGCUAAUUUGGCUGACAGGUGGAUGUGUUGUAGCUGUUUGCUCGGUGAUUAUGUCUGUGUCUUCAGCGCCAUCUUUUUGUCUAUUUCUAGAUGAGCUGGAAGUUAUUUGGAGUCAGCAUUUUGGUGACCACUAAAACUGGAAGAAAGGACUCAAAUCCAAACACUGUUUUAACGACUUAAAAGCGUCAUCCUCAGGGACAGUUACUGGUGAAUAUAGACACUUGCAAUGUCUUUGGCUGUUAUAGAGGGUCCCUAUUGCACUAUUUUUGAAAGAGAAUAGAGAUGCUAUUCUGUAUCUACAGCUCUGUACAAACUGAGGCACCUGUUUUCAGCGGAAAAAUAGAGACCAUUUACUGAUAAGACCACCCUUUCAAAACUUGUGUGACACCCAAAAACCUUUUCUGGCCUUGGCAAAGACAAAGUGUGUUGUAGCCACAGUGUAGAUAUAAAUCAUUUACACGUUAGGUAAAUCGUUUAAAUGAUUGAAUAACAUCCAGCUGCACUAGAUAUUUCCUCCCCUGUGUUUUCCUUCCUGUACUUCCUCAUUCUCUCUCUCUGUACUCAGCUGUUUUUGUGCCUCAGCGUAAAUUAAAGACCAUUUUUUAUGUAAAUAAGAUCACUCUCUGAAAGCCUAAGCCCUGAAACAAACUUCUCUACUUGAGAGAGCAACUUGUUAAGUAAAGAGUGAUUAAAAAUACAUCUAUUUUACAAACAUGUAUAAAAUUGUAAUUUAUAGUAGCUAUAUAUAAAUAUAUAAAAAAUUUAUAUUAAACUAAACAUAUUUCUUAGUUUAGUAAAUGUUGCCUUGGUGAUAAUACAACUAAAUCUUCUAGCCUGCAGGAUUCCUCCUGUCUGUCAGACUACCGACAUUAACACUGCUCCCCGCCUCUUCUUGCAGUUGUACACGACUCUCAGACUAGAAAACUUUACAGCAUCUCAUCAGUUAGCAUAAAUGACUACUGUUAAACUCAGAGGUGUGGUGCUGCUGGGAUGACCUUAAAUGAUACGUGACUAUAAGUUAUCAACAAACAAGUAGCCUCAACGGUGAGACCUUAACAUACAAUGUCAGAGGGGUUAACUCAUCAUGAAGUUGCUCAGCAGUUAAGAAAGAUGUUGAAUCUCCCUUCAUGCACACAGAACAGACAGUAGAAGUUAACAGUUUUAGCUUGAACUCCAUUAAGUCUGCAUACAGCUGUUGCUCGCCAACUCUGAUGUCAGAAAAACUGGGUGAAACUUGCCCAUUUUGUUUACUUUAUCAUGACAUCUGUGCACAUGUCGGCUUAUAUCAGAGCACUGAAAGGUAAAAAAAAAAAAAGAAAAAAACGCACCCAGGAGAGGAGUUUUCAUCGAAGUUGGCACGAACUUUAGUGCCAGACAGGUUCAAAACGUGGGGUCACGUGUGCAUGCUCCACUGAUUUAGCUCAAUCAUUUUCAGUUGAUGAUAUCACAGGGAGGUAAUAAAUACAUUUUAGGUUACUUUCAUGGAAAAAAAUGGUUUUGUUUUAUUUAAUUUAUUUUUAGCAGGCAAACAAAAUAUAUUAUGUGUCACGUCUGAGAGAGGCUUGAAUCAUUUUUUUUAGUACAAUGUCUCAAAACUAAAAUUCUGCAUUAGCCCUCACUGCUCACAAAAACUAAGACAACUUUGGUUACAAUUAGAGAAAACCAUCCAAAAAUCAAAAAUGUAGUAAACACUUCAUAGCAGUGUUAUAAUGAUUGGUAACAUUUAAGGUUUUCAAUACCCUUUACUUAGAAAGUGGAGAGUCAUCUGGGGGAAUAUUGAAUUUCUCUGUUACAAUAAAUAAAUUGAUUUAUUGUACUAAUCAUUCAAAAUACAUGUAAAGAUUUUAGUUUGAUUAAAAUUGCACUGAAUCAACUUCUCAUAGUCGAUUAACAUAUCUUGAUAAUGCAGUUGAGGAUCAGUUUUUUCUUACAUGUAUGCUGCUCAGUCAAACGGAAACUGACCAGAGUGUUUUGCACAUGCUCUAGUGUUGACACGCCAAGCACUGCCAGGUAGUAAACAAAACCUUGGCAGAUGAAGAAAAGACAUAAGAAGAGAUGGCACUUCCCUUUCACAGAAAUAAACAGUUAAGAGCUGUAAAAGUGACAGUGUUUCAUCAUUCGUCGUACAUCCAGUUUGCCUCUUGCUCACUUGUUUUGCCGACUUUUUUGAUACUAUAUUUAUCAGCCAGGACAUGACCUGGUAGUAACAAGCUGAAAGGGGGAUUCACAACCUACAGUAGUGAAGGUGGACAUGCUUUUUUCAAUAAUUUGAUCUGGAAACGGAUCCGGAUCCGUUUGUGAGGCGAAUUUCGUGGUGGAUCACAGACAGCAGGAAUCGCAAGAACUCACAAGAACCCACGGAUUCACAUGCAAUCGCAUGAUAUCAAGUUGUCUUUCGACACGUAGGCUAACCAUAUAAGCAGUAGAUUGUGUCCUUCCAAUGGGGGAAUCUACUUCUAGACUUCUGAAAUCAGCAUCCUCUCAUCCAUGGUGUCAACGGGAUGAAAUGCUCUCUGAAAACCUUUUACUGAGAAAUACGAUCUGCCGGAAACACGGAGCGUUUUAUUUGAAAGGAAGCCGUAUGUUUUAUUUUGUGUCUUGUGUUUUAAUCUGUGCUGAAUUUAUCCGGCAUAUAGAACUCUUGCAGUCAGCUGCGGAGUAUGGCAAUCCGCAGUGGAACGGAAAGAAGCUGGUUGAAUUUGACACAUUAACUUGAAUGGUUAUGAUCAGCUACGGUGGAUAAGGCCUUUUCAUCGCUGUUCCGGAUGUGGUGCAAAUUGCCCGUUAAUCACCUGAUUUAGUUUUAGCUGUAGCUCGCCUCAACUUUGCGUGUAAACAAACUGAUAUGCUCUUUAUCUUUGUUAGCAACCUGAAGGAAACCAUUUAUUGUUGUCCUGCUUUAAACAGUUGCCACAACCAUCAACCACAAAUAUACUGUACAUGCUUUAAGGACUCUAAACAAAUCAUCCAUCUGCUGAGAGAGAGUGUACAUGUCAGCCAGUGUGCUCCCAUUUGUUAGUGUAAAACUGGAGAACAAGUAAUCCCACAUAUUCAAACUGACCUGUGAUAUCUUCCACCCUGACUAAAUCAACCUGCAGACUGAUGAUGUUAAACAUGCCUGAAAGAUUUUCUUUUGCCUCUAAGCCCCGCCCACCUAAAAAAAAAAUCACACUAAAAGGGCCACAUGCAUAUGGAGCUACAGCCCUUGGUGUUUUUAGCUACAAUGAGCUCAUCACAAACAGCCCCAUGAUAAGUUCAACCACUGAGCAGAAACAAGAGCACGUCCGUAUGCCUCUAUCUGCAGGGGGGGCAGCAGUUACCAUUACAUUCAGUCUGCACUGAUGAGAUAGACUGAAAACACACAUGAUACAUCUGAGGGUUCAGAGACAAUCACAGCUUUAAUAUAAACAUAAAGAGGGAAGAUAGUGGGUAUUGAAUGGCAUCAUUGAGAACCAGAACCAGCCCUGAUAAUGUAAUCUGCUCCCUCUCUCCAUUAGAUCAAAGAUAAAGCUCACGCUGUUGUUGUUGUUGAUUUUGGUGGAUUGUGCAAUACAACAGCUGAUGUUUUGGUGACAUGUUGUGUUUGUGUUUCAGGUCACUCCGAGGGCAGCCAAUAAAAUCAGUGUAAGUGUCAACACUCCCACCUGCACACACUGAAGAGAGAGAGGGAUUCAUGCUCUGAUAGAGCAGCAGCACAUCCUGAGAAAGGAAGUGCCUUACCUUUAUGCAGGGCCUGUGUGUUUGUCUGUACUCAGUACCUGGACAAUGGAAAAAAAAAAAAGAUUUGUUACCUUGAUCCUACUACAACUGGACCGUCAUGUAAGCAUGUUUCUUGGGCUAAAAUCGUACUGAGUCUAUUAUUAUUGAAGUCGGACUGACACCCAGGUAACACAGGUGGAGGACAGAUUUUCUCUUCCAUGCAAACACUUUGAUCUGACCCAACCUGGUCUCAGAGUACUACACAUGCUCGAAACUAACCGGUUUUUGAGCAGAGACCCAGUGUUUUCAUGGUUUAAUGGUAAUAUCCUGUAGGUUAUUUGUUAGCAGAUAUCGCUAGAGUGCUUCUCUCAUGUAACUGGUGCUUUGAUCAUCUUUUAACUGAACUUGUGAUUUCAAAAACAAUGCUCAGACUGACUCAGAAAUGGUAUUUCCAUGCUGUUUGUGCAGCAGAGGGUGCUGCAGUUCUUUCAUUUAUUAUCCUUUCAGCACUGCCUGCAGCACAUGUAGAAAAGCUUCGCAACAGGGAACGUGAUUACUUCAAGCUUUGGCAAUUUGUGCCGCUAGGGGCGCUGCUGGUCUGGUGGUCUACUCGCAGAGGUUAUGCCUCGAGUGUUACCCUCUUUUUCUACCCUGUCCACUGCCCAGCCCCCUUCAAGUAAAAGCAAAAAGACUCAAAAAUAAAUCUUGCAAAUGAAGUUACUGUGCUGCUUACCAUGUUGUGCCCGUUUGUCACAGUAUGUAGGCGUCAUCUACAGCUGCUCAGAUCAACAAGGAUUUAUUUAACAUUUUUCACGUUCAAGAUUUUAAAGAUUUUUCAUUCCUUUCGAAGAGUCCAGAAUGUUGAGUAUGGAAAUAAACUCAUGUGUUGCAGACUUAAUCAAACCACUUUAAUGAUGAUUUAAUAUAAGUGGAAAUGAUUGUGAUUUAUGCAGUUGUUGAGCGGCCCUACAACUGUGUGAUGAUGUUUGAUUAUCCAAAAUACUCAUAACCACAUUAAAUUAAACCAUUAGUUUGGAGUGCUUUACAGUCAUUACAGGCAGUCAGAAAUCUAGAAUUGAAAAUAUCAAUAAAAAUCCAAAAAGAGAUAUUUAAUUUAAAAAUUUCGUUUCAAAUUUUUUCUGGGAAAUAAAUAUUUGAGGCAUACAUCUUUCAGCUAAAAUUACUCACUCAUGCUUGUCCAUUCACAUUUCUCAUGCUCAGUCAAACAAAUUUUGUGGCUGACUGUUUUUUUCACUCCUGAAAGUCUUCUGCCUCCUGCUGCUCUGCCGUGUCUUCAGUCAUGUUUCAUCUCUGAAGUAGCUCUGGAGUGACGCGCAGUAGGUGGUACUUAUUAAAGACGUGAGAUCUUUGCUGUUUCCUCCUUCAGUUAUAAUUAAAACUAUAUGAUCUGAAGUGAGGGUCUGCUGAGCAGCUAAUUAAAGGUCAUGUGACCUACAUAGUGCAUUCACACCGACUUUGCUGCUUAUUUAAAGUGCAAUUUGCAGAUUGGAGACCUCAGCAAACAGACAACAGACAGAUGAGUUGUCCUCCAGGGAUUCAUGUUGGUUAAGUUAAUGUUGAACAUAAAUAACCAUGAAUCUAGAUGCCAGUCAUGUGGAUGUAGAGCGAGAAAACGUUCCUUAUGUAUGAAUAUGACUGAUUGCAGGCUUAUAAUUACAAGCCUAAAUCAAAGAGAGCAGGAGCAGAUUGGAAGUGAAGGAGGUGUAAGACCCCUAAUGGCUGCAUAGCUCAACGAUGUUCAUGUUGCAGGUUAUCAGUUUAUAAAAGGAGAAGAGAUCAGCAGAUAUAACAUGGAUUUGUCUGUGUGACUCUUAGCAUCAUGAUUUGUGUCUUUUUUCAAUACCGAGCAAUCUGUCCAGUCUGAUGUAAUGCGUGAUCUAUGUCUCCACAUGCUUUAACUAACACAAUCAGGAAGUGGGAGCUGCAGCAGUUUACUGUUUUUCCAUUAUUGUAGAGAGGAUACAGAUAUGUCAUUACAUGGACCUGAGGAUUUAUUGCAUGAAUUAUUGUGUCUGUUUGUGUCACUGUGAGCAAGCACUCCAAUCUGAAAUUUGUUUUUAUGUUUGGCAUGCUGAGGUCUUUUAAGUUAGUUAAAGAUGGAUCAGAACAUAAUAAAUGUUUGGGCUGAUUAAAAGGAUGCAGACUGUGAAAAAGUGACUGUUGUAGAUGCUCAUUCAUCUGUACCAGUCUGCAGUUAUAUUUUUUAAAACAGUCAGAAAAAAACCCACAUUUGUGUGUCAGAUUUUUGCACUGCAUGAGGUAAUACAGUUAUGCUUUAUUGUACGUGUGGUGCAUUAUUAAGUUCGUGAUUAGCCUAUCUGAGUCAUUAGGGAUUACAUAAUGACCUGGCUGUCAUUUUUCUUGUCUGAUUUGUAAAUAGAAGCCAACACAGAUGUUACACUUCUCCUAACUCUUAGUAUUAUUUUUGGCAUGAGUAACUGUUCCCUCUCACAUACAUCGUGACUGUUGUUUACAUGCAGCUACACCCGUAUGCUGUGUGCACAGUGAAUUUAACUUGACAUUUAAACUAGCAAAGAAAGACGCUCUAAACAUUGAAGUGCAGCUAACUUCUAAGUCUGUUGAUGCCAAUUAUGUUAAGCAGAUUAAAAAAUGGUCACUGACUGCUUAUAUUUUUGUGGUUGACUGUUUCACUCUUUGAGGCCAGAUGUCAUUGCUGAUGGGCUCAUUAGACAAAACCAGGUUUAUGAACAAAGUUUUAUUCAUAUCAGUCCAUAAUUAUCCUCGGCUCUGCAGCUCAUGCUCUCUCUCUCUCUCUCUCUCUCUCUCUUUUUCUCUCUAAAUACAUCUCCAGGAUUUUUAUUUUUUUGUGGUUUUGUAAGUCUGAUGAAAGUGAAUUGAGAAAGAGACACAUAGAGAGUGAUGACAUUGUCUUAAUACUUUGUUCUGAGGCUGUUUGGGUCAAAAAAGUCAUCCAAUAUUUUCAGCCUCUACAGGAUAAACUACUGGCAGAAUCAAAAUUGAUGUAUGAUGUAGUGUUAAGAAAAUAAAAAAAACAAUUUUUAAAGCAGCUUAACUGAAAACAGCUAUUUUUUUUUCUCCCUAUAUGUGCCAUAUAGUGUGCCCGCUCCAACACACCUGAUUCAAAUGAUCAGCUCGUUAUCAAGCUCUGUGAUGGCUUAAUAACGAGCUAAUCAUUUGAAUCAGGUGUUUUGGAGCAGGGAAACAUCCAAAACAUGCAGGACAGUGGUUUCUCAAGGACUGGACUUGAGAACCACUGCCAUAGAAGAUAAUUACUGACUUUCUCAGCAGCUAUUUUUAGAAAAAAAAAUGUGUAUAAUUGUUGAGAGUUUGACCUGGAAGUUGCCCUUUAAGCCAUGUUUCUCUUUCUGUGCUAUAGACUGUUCGUGUCCAGGGCAACGCCAUCUCACAUCGUCUCAGCCUGUCCAAGGUAAAGAAGGAGGAUGAAGGCAUGUAUGAGUGCCGCGUGUCCGACCUGUGGGCUGAAGACACUCAGGAAUUUACUGUCCACGCCUCACUGCAUGUGACGGCAGGGGACGGCAUGGUGGCUGAGGAGGCAGUGUCACACAUCCAGAACCGCUGGCCUCUGAGGAAUACUAACACAGCGCAGGGAGGGGGCGGGGGAGGAGGAAGGGCCACAUUGGAGCCGGGGCAGGGGGCGGCAGGGGGCCAGAGGUUUGGGCAGGGGAAACACCGGGUGCAACAGGAGGCUCAGCCUGGACUCCUGCCCUCCAUCUCCACCACCACCUCCUCCACGGUGGUCAGGUCUUCAGCCUCAACGCUGUCAGGGAACACAGCCAUCCUCUGGCUGCAGUAUGGAGCAGGUGAGUCAAGGGGAGAGAGGGGAGGGGAGGGGAGGCGGGGUGAAAAAGAGCUGCAGUGACCCCAAGUGGUAGUGAAGGGAGUAACCCCCCUGAUACACACACAUAGCGCUGAGCAGAGUGUAUGAGGCUGUUUCAGGUUUGUCAGUAUGUGUAGCUCCUAUCUGCUGUUUCUGUGUGAGCAAGAUUCUAUGAGUGUGUGUGUGUGUGUGUGUGUGUGUGUGUGUGUGUGUGUGUGUGUGUGUGUGUGUGUGUGUGAUACUGUGUGUUGUGCAGACUAUGAAGUAGACCCUCUUUUAUCAAUAGUUUAGAUUUUACGUGAGAGCCGUUGUUCCUUCAUUCGAAACAAGCGUGUCUCUUAAAGCAGACUGAUACGUCCCUCUGGUCUCCAUCAGUCUGAACUUUUGUCAGUGCUUUAAUCUACAAAUCAAACCCUCGCUUGGUCACAAAUCAUCGGAGACCAUCAGUGAGUCAAAGUCUAUGACAGAUGUGCCUGAAGAUAGCACAUUGGUUUUACUUCAAUUCCCAGCAGGUUUUCUGCUUGACUUUCAACUUUUCUGUCGAUCUGGUAAUAUGUCUUCUUCAGCUGUACCCCUGGCCUCCAAAUAGCACCCAUGCAUCCCUCACUUGUAUAUUUUCCUUAUAUCUUAGUCCCUUCCACCAGAGAUGUAUGAAGAGAUGCAAAGAAAAAAAGAGAAAAAAAAGAAGAUAAGGAAAAGGGCAUCAGACAUCCUCUCCUUCUUGGCGUCAUGUAGAGCGAUGUCUUUUUGUGAUGAUGGCAAAAGCAGAUCACGACUCAAAUCACUGCUUUGACAGCUGUUUGUGUCUGCAUGCACAGUUUUAUUUUCUUUAUUCUUUAUUAUUUAUUUAUUAGAAUAAAAGAAAGAAUUUAUUCAUUGUAUAGUCAUCAUAAUGGACAUUCAUAAACACUUCAAUCAAUCAAUCAAUCAAACUAUAUUUGUAAAGCGCUUUUCCUGCAAGGAAUUUAACUCAAAGUGCUUUACAGUUAAAGAACAAAAACAAAAAACUAUCCCAGAUAAACCCCCCAAUCUUUAUCAUAACUCCUCGCACACCAGCAGUGUUUAAGGUUAAAGCAUUUUUCACUGUGAACCUCCUGGCUGAAAGUGUUGCACCCAGCCAAGAUGCUCUGCAGCUGUGCACCACAUCUCUGUGAUGACUCUCGUUUUAGGGGAGCAGUACAGGACAGCUCCCACCACUCAUGGUCACAGGACAUUAGCUCAUCAGUGGACACAAGGCAGACAUACAGCAUUAGCAAAUCAGCAAAGCUUUGCAUGCCAGUGUCUCUGCCGGUGAUAUUGGUGCCCUCUGAAUGUGUGUUUCCUGUUUGGCUAAUUGGGACUCAGCUGCACCCCUGGCUUACUGUGCUCUUUUUCAACUUGUAAGCGUCCUGAUGGAGUGUGGAGUCUGUGCUUUAGACCGGGCCUUAACUCUGUUUCCACAGCUGCUCGAGUUAAACAAGUGUGAUGGAGUGUUCACUCUCCUGACGCUCCUCACACACGUCUCCAACCUCGUCUUAUCAGGGGAGCAUUUUAGUGGACUUGUGCGCGACGUGUAUCACCUCUUUACUUUAUGACAGCGGCUCUGGCAGCAGCCUAGCAGAUGGCAGGGGGGGAGCAGGGCGGUGUAAUCCACCACCCCUCAGCUCCUCUACCUGCCCCGCUGCAGCUCUGUGAAGUGUAUUGUGAAUAAUUAAAACUCUGCCAAGUUUGGAGGAGUCUGCUGAGCCCCGAGGAGAGGAUGACAGCUGCUGUGUGCAGGACUGACACACACUAACACAGACACACACAUGCACGUGUUGAUAUGCAGUGACUGAGCCCUGUGUGUUGUUGGUAAUGACAGAGGUAAUCCUGAGUCUCCGCUCUGUGUGUGUGUGUGUGUGGGUGAGCUGCUCUGCUGUCACAGCUCUGAUCAGACUCUCACACAGAGGAGGGGAUGGGGCAGCUUCCCUUUCAGUCUGUGAAUCAAAACAUCCAAAUAUGUGUCUACUCCUGACAUAUUGCAAUUUAGUAUUAUGAAACAGAGACUCCUUGUAGUGCAGACCUGCUGUGUUGUUAAGUGUUGCUGUAUUUACACUGAGUCAGGACAUGAAUAUUAUUUACCUUUCUCACUUUCUUCAUGUGAAUUUUUUAUGGGAAGCGUCAAAUUCUGUUUUUUUAUUUGAGGGUUUCACAAAAAACAAUUUUACUGCUUUCCCAGCUCUGUUUGCCAUCAACUCUAAGGAUGAUUAAAAUCUUUUCUUGCACAUCCGAACUGUGACAUUUGGUAUCAUAGUCAUCAAAUGAAUAUCAUAAUCUUCAAAUGUUGAGAAGAGCUUGAACUGAAUUUAUUUACUCUACAGUCUGUCAGCAGCAUUUUGUAUUGUACUGUAUUUUAGACAUUUAGAUAGAUUUUUCUAAUGCUAAAUCAGACUUCUGACUUAACUUUCAAAUAUGUCAGACCUCACAGUGAUAACCAGCCAAUCAUAAUUACUGACAUGAGGCUGUUGUGAAGAAGAAAGGCUGGAUAAGACAACACUCAGGAACUCUACGCUAUUUCUCACCAACAUUUCUCCUUUUUUUUUUCCCAUUGUGGUGCCUCCUCGACGACGCAUCACAAAGGCUGUUGUUUCCAGAGCUUGACAAGCAUUUUCCUUAAAAGUUCCCUCUUGCAGAAGCACUUUCAUAAUUCAUCUAUUGCUUCAGCACUUUGUUUGUUCACAUUGCAGAGGACACUGUGCUUUCUUCGGUCAACAUCACUGAUGUGACGUUGCAGGCAGAGAAAAUAGUGAAAGAUAUUCGAUUUGGGUCUUGACCACUAACAGAGGCUCUUUGGAUGCCCCAGGCUUAAUACAUUUUAUUUAUUUAUCUAUUUUUUUCUGGGUCUAUGUGUUUUUUUUUUUUCAUGGGGAGGGGAUUGUUGCAUUGGUUACAAAAAAAAACAAAAACACCUCGGCAGCUUAUUUCCACAAAAACAGAAGCCGCACUAUAAAUUAUUACCAAAAUGUAAACAAUUCAACUGCAUAUUUCACGUUAAAUUACUUUAUCACCUUACAUUGAUACUAAUAAAAUAAUGUUAUUUUGAAUUUUACUGUAAAAUCAAUAGAGGCACAGUAGAUUGCUAUGAAAUAUUUAGAGUAAUUUACUGGAGAAUUACUGUGAAAGUAAUGAAACUAGAUUGCCAGUAAUUUACUGUAAAUUUACAGCCAAAAGACAGUGAAUAAACAUUAAGAAGUAUCAUUUCUUUGAGAUUCUUUGACUCUAUCUGAUUCAGAUCCCUUAAAUCUAAAAAUCUACGACAAUGCAAGUUUUGAUAGUUAUCCUUCUCUCUUCAUUGGCUCUGCUCUGGAUCAGUAUAAACAGGACUGAACAAACACUGAUCUCCCACAGACAGAUUAUGUCUCCCUGCAGUGACAUGUUAUAACAAUCAACAUGAUGUAGUUCAGCAUGAUCAUACAAUGCGGAGCAUGAUCUUAUGACUUCAUCAGCAAAUGUACAAUAUGACAUCAGGGUGGACUUACUUUCAAGCUUUCUGCUGCAAAAACUGGAAAACCAACCACAACAGGGGCGGACCAGAAGCCAUAAUUUAGGCCAGGAGUUUGACUCUAUCCAGGCCAAUACACAUUGACAUGGAAAUGCUGGCACUGGCGAAAGGUUUUAAACAUUUGAAGCCAGAUUUAGUGAAUAUAAUGCUAAUGUGAAGAAUUCAACAUUGGCUACAUAACUGCACAUUUAAUAUGCAGUAAAAACAAAAAUAUGCCUCUGUGCAACAGCUUCACAGCAAACUUUAUUCAACAAAAUAACAAAAUUACAAUCAGAAUGUGACACAACUCUUUGCUUCAACAAAAGUGUAAUCUAAAAAUGUAAAUAAUCUCUGAUCAAAGACUGGAUUUAGUCAGACACAUUUUAGUCUUUUAGUUUAGUCUUAGUUAAAAUGUAGUCUAAAGGAAGUUUUAGUCUUUAUCUCUUUUUUCAUAUCAUGAAGUAAUUUGACAGGUGCUUUAUAGCCUACUGAACUACAUUUUACAGAAGGAUAUUAGCCAUGGUUAUAAAAACUACAUGUUAGUCAUGCCUUAAACGAUUUGUUUACUCAUUUAAACUAAAAAUGUAGCCUACCACAUUGCUGUUGUAUUAUAAUAAAAUGUUGAAAGCUUGUCAGAAAAAGUCAAAGUUCUCGAGAGGCGUAAAACUUGGAUUAGCACGCACCACUAGCAUCGUAGCCGUCUCGGUGUCGGUCAGCGACCUUAUUAAACUCAAAACAAUCACAUCUUAUAGCGACAGAAUGAAAAACACUGGCAGACGUUGCCCAAGUUUGUGUCAAACAAUACUUUGAAGCCUGCUGCAUUAAUAUGUUUACAACAAAGAAAAAGUCUUUGACAUUAUGUGAUGACUAAAUGAAUUGAUUGAUAAAUAUAAAACUAGAUAACUCAAAGACGUCUUGAUUUUCUGUGUGAUGAAGAACACAGGUUCUAGCAAUCAGGUGAUGAUUAGUGUCCACCGAUGCAACAAUACAAAACAAUUAUUUUUUGGUUUGUUGGACAUCAUCUGGUCCUGACCAUAGAUCGUUAUACCGGUCUUGAGAAAUGAAUGCAGAUGUGAUUCAAACUACAGUUUCCUGAGUGUUCUCUUGAUGUGGGCUGCAGAAGCAACCCAAACCACGUGCACACUGAGCCAAUAAAUCACAUUUUUUAGAGCAAAAUAUCUUUUUAGGCGGGAUGCUUGUUUUGUAAGAGUCAGGGUAAUGCUCUCAUUACAUCCACAGUUUUGUUUUCUAUUUAUAGUUUAACGUUAAAACUUAAGACAUUUUUAAAGAGGGACAGGAUUUGCCUCUUUUUUAUGUGCAGAAACAUCCAACAUCAAACAUGAGGAAGCUGUGUGAGUUUUCAAAGAUGUGGACCGUGAAUGUCCGGAAAUGUUCAGACAAGAUAUUUUCUAUGUACACACUGCUUGGUUUGCUCAGGAGACUAAAUUUGUCUUCAGACAGCUGCAUGUGCUCUCAAGUGUCCCAGGAAUAAUGAGGAAACCCUCUGCUGGUCUGUGGAAAGACGUGCCGCUGCAGAGAAAUGUAAAAAUACGGGGUGUGAACAUAGAGACAAGCAGGCUGUUUCAGGUAACGUCCUGCAGAGUGUCCUCAUGCACAUCCUGCGAUAAACAGCUGAUUCUUUCAUGAUGAACAGAGAAGUGAUGAAGUGGUGUGCUCACAGUCUGCUUAUGUAACUCGCAUCUGUUGGUUUUAUCCUGGAGGAUGAGUGACGCAGCAGAUAAAAAGCUCCUGCUUCAUCUCUGAUCUGAUGUUUCAGAACUUUGCCUCAUUUUAAAGCAGCAGUAAUGAGAGCUACUAUCACCAUAAAUAUGCCAAACUGCUACCAUAAAAAGGAAACAUAAAUAUCUCACUGUAAUGUAUGCUACUUUAGGAGCAGAACUGACUCUGAGCUGCUCUGAUUGAUUAGUUUCAUUAGUAUUGAUUAAUUCUUGUUCAUUAAUUGUUUGCAGAGGAACGCCAGUCCCUCCAGAUCACUGAUAUUGAUUAACCAAUGUCACAUUUUUUUUGUGUAACUAUCUAUAAAUUAUUCAUAUCUUAUUUAAAAGACUAAUGGGGCCUUAGUCCUACUUAAUAAACCAAAUGUAUUUAUCAUGUCAAACAUUUUUUAUCCUCCUCCCUCAGCUGCAUAUAGCUCAGGUUUGACUCUACAUCAGAUUAACUCUUCCUCAUUAACUGUUGUUACUGAGAAAUGACUUUUAAAAUUUAUUUAGGACUCUGGAGGCCACUGAAAUUUUAAUUUUGCACACACACACACUGACACAUGCACACACACACACACAACAUAACAAAACAACAAUAACAAUAAACAAUGCUAAAAUACGUGCAGGAUCUGUACGAAGGCUAGAGGCCUUGUACGAGGACCUCACCUUUAAAGAGACCAAACCUUUUUUUUUUUAAUGAAAAAGUGUUAAAUUAUCCUUUCAACUAAUCCAACAGAAUCAAGGACUUCUGCUGCUCUUAUCAGCCUCUUGGCCUCUGUAACCCUCCCUUAAAAACAUCAUAUCUGACUAUCUGCAGCAAUUUUGUGCAUCCUAGCAUCACAGAUUGCAUUCUAUCACAAGUUGAGUGUAUUACUACUUUCUCAACACACACAGUAAGUCAAGACAGCAGUUUUUGACUGCCGGUUUAGGCUGUCUGCAGAGGCACUGAAAAACAUGUUCUCACUAAGCCAAAAAAAGCCAGUUUCAGAGUGAAAAUAAACAUGUCUACAGCCUGGUUUAAGAAACCAUUUGGUCUGAGUACCUCAAGUCUCCCACAGCACCCGCUGUACAGGGAGCAAAAUAUAUUUAACCUCUUUCAUUUUCAGGUUACAAGAUCGACAAAUCCGAGGCUGACCUGACUGACAGGCAGGCGCGAUGUACCCAUUAGCAUAGAGGCUAAAGCCCCACCUCUGAUAUGUUGAUAGUGUUGCAGUACGAUACAGUACAAUAUAAUUCCAUCUAAUCCCAGACAAUAAUAGUAGAGAAACUGGUACACUACAAUACAAAACAAUGUGAUAUGAUAGGAUACAAUAUGAUACUUAUGGUAAGAUAAAAAGGGAUAUAAUACAAAAUGAUACAAUGAUAGCCCUGACAAGUCAAUCACCGAGUGCAGUGGAGUUUCACAGCUCAAGGAAGAAAAUUUUAUGAUCACUACUUCAUGGAAAUGCAAUCAGACCAAGACGCCAAGGCAGAAGAACUAUACCCGUCUGCAGUGUUUUAUAUAUAUAUAUAUAUAUAUAUAUAUAUACAUAUAUAUACACACACACUACAGGCCAAAAGUUUGGCGCAAGAUCAGAUUUGUACAAAAAAAGGUCAUAGUUUCAUAUAUAUAAUUUGCAACACAAUAAACGUGACUAUUGUGUAAAGAGUAACUUAUCAGAAGACAUUUUGACUAUAAUUAUUAGGUAUUGGAGUUAUUGUUGCUUAGACUUUGCUUUCUUUAAAGUAACCUCCUCUGGCUUUAACAACAGCUUGGCAUAUACCAGGCAUUCGUUCCACAAGUUUUUCUAAGGUAUGUUCCAGGGAUUGCAUUCCAAGCUUUCUUAAGUUCAUUAAAAAGAGACUGCUGAUUCGUGGGACGUGUUUUUCUGACCCAUUGAUCCAAUUCAUCCCGCACAAGCUCAAUUGGAGAAAGGUCUGCUCCUUCUUCAUGAUACCCUUUACUUCAAAUAAAUCUCCUACUCCAUCACCUGCAAAACAUCCCCAUACCAUGGAACUGCCACCUCCAUGCUGAAUUGUGGGUGUAACACAUGGUGCUUUCAGAUGUUCACCAGUUUGUCUGCGGACAUAGACUCUGCGUUUUGAACCAAACAGUGCAAACUUGUUUCUAGUCAUCCUAAGUCGAAUUUUUGUGAUCUUUUGCCCACUCAUAUCUCUUUUUCUUGUUCUGUGGACAGAGUAGUGUUUUUUUGCACAUACACAACCCUUCAGACAAGCCUUUCUCAAACGUCAUUGAACGGUUGUCAGAGAUAUGGGUUUCGACCUUGUCAUGUUGAUUUCCUCCCUUAUUUGUGUUUUUUUGCUUUUGAACUGAAGUUGUGACCCUUGCAAAUGUUUUUAAGCCCAUAAUUAAGCCCUUAUUAUCUUUUGCUGACAUAUAGUUAGCAAUGGUCUGUUAACAUCAAUGUAUAUCUAAAGGUAAAUAAAGUAAAAUGGUGCAUUUCUAUGAAAGCAUCAUCUGAUCAUGGAGUAAAUACAUUCCAAAAUACAUACAACUCAUGCUGGGUUUAAAAAAAAAAGCAUUGUGAACAAAAACUUGAAGUUACUCCCAACUGUUCGGCCUGUAAUGGCGUUGCUUCCAAACUUUUGGCCUGUGGUGUAUAUAUAUAUAUAUAUAUAUAUAUAUAUAUAUAUAUAUAUAUAUAUAUAUAUAUAUAUAUAUAUAUAUAUAUGGUGAUUAUUACCUCAAGGAAAUGAUCCGCUGCACUCAGUGAUCGACUCGUCAGGGCUCCCCCACAAACAAGCGGCUGCUAGAAGAGAGUGGGAGUUGUUUUUGGUCUCUUUGCUAAAGAAACCAGGCAAGGCUAAAAAGAUGUUUGGUGGCUAGUACUAUGGCAGGGACCCUGUAUGUACUGUUGAUGAAGUUAGGUGCUGUUCUGAGCAUUAUGGCUAUGGAGUGGCUUUUUGGUUGAGGUUUGUGCGUGGGGCCACAGGCCGGUGUGUAUUGCUAUCGUGCGGUCGUUACUAAAGCUGGUAUAACUAGCUUGUUGCGGUGUGUUUGACCCUAACUUAAAUUUACACAGGAAUAUCCCUUUAAAUCUGUUUACUCAUCAACAUGCCAGACUUCAUCAUCUACAACUACAGACACUGGUCUCACCAUCAGCACUGUUUGAAUAUUAAUGUUAAAUUAUUAACAGCCUAACUUUAAUUGCUGUCAAUGAUCAUUAUUUCCCCUAUUAUCACAAAUACUACUAUUAGACCAGUGACUAACUGACUUAAACCACUCACAUCCUUAAUUAUUAUCAUUAUUGGGGCUGUAACUAUAAGCCUUUCUGACCCCAUGUUGUUUUUGGAGUCAUUGUCGUCUUUUGCCAUCCAUCUCUCUGUUUCAACGCCCACUAUCUGUCUUUAUAACAACCUAGGCAGAUGGCUGCUCAACAAGUCUGCUUCUACUCAAAGUUUCUGCCUGUCACGAGGAAGCUUUUUUCACACCACUGUACUGGCUUGUUAUUUGCUCUUGGUGGAUGAAGAUGAGAUGAGAUUUGACAAUAAAAUGGGAUUGGAUCUGAUCCUAUCAUGAUGUCUGGUCCUUGUAUUAUUUAUCGGUUAAUAACGGAGUAAGGUCUAGACCUGCUCUUAAGCCUCUUGAAAGAUCAUUUGUUGUGAAUUGAGGCUACACAGACUAAGCCUGAUUAACUGAUUGAGGACAGCUAUAUUUUUUUCAAUGGAAGUAUCAGUUUUAUACAUUCUGCUAUUUCAAGCACAGAUGAAAAAGAAUCAGUAAAAGUGAAUAUAGCUGAUGAGUUCUGGACCUCAGAGACACUAAAGGUAGUUACGUGAUUGGUUGUAAUGAAGAUACGCAGAAAAUCAGAACUGGAUUUUAUUAGCCUAAAGCCGUGAGCCCACAGGUGACCAACCUUUUUUUCUGCAAAAUAUGUUCAUUCAAAAUAUGUUGUUAUAUUUGACCCAAGGUUCACUUAUUUGGGUAAAAAAAAGUCUAGAUUGUGUAUCCAGAAGACUCCCAUUCGUGCUCCCUAACUCAUUUUCGGCAGGAAGCAGUCUAACAUGAGUCUGGUCCUGCUCAAGGUUUCUGCCUGUUAAAGGGAAGUUUUUUCUCACCACUGUAGUUUGCUAAAUGCUGCCAAGUGUUUCACUCAUGUUGGAUGGGAUGGGUCAAAUCUUUCCCAUCACAAGGUUUGGUCUUCAACAUCAAACAAUUGGUGGGGUUUAGACCUGCUCUUUCAGAAAGUGUCUUGGGUUACCAACAGUUACAGCAGUUAUCGUGUAGAUCUGUAGCUACAUUUUUUUCACUUGAAAAGGGAAAAGGGUUCAUUCGUAGUUCACAGAGUUUUCACAUCUGAGGAAAUUUGAGUCACAGGUGGAAACAGCCUGGGUUACAGACUGAAGACACGUGUGACUCAGGCUCUGUGUUUUUUAUUUUACUCCUUAGAGCUUCUGGAGGACCUUUGUCUCUGACAAAUACUCAGGACUAACACCAAACACACAGGGAAUGUUUGACUGCAGAGUUAAAGUCCGAUAUGACACAUUUACCCACUGCUGAUUGAAUGAUUUGUAUAAGGAUAUUUUAGUGGCUUUGAAGCUUCAUGUUGUCAUAAAAUUUUGAGCUUACUCAGCAAAUGAACAGAAGCUGAAUACAGUAUGUCGUGAUGCUAAUUCACUUUAAUCCUUUUCAUGAAGCAGUUAACGAAGGAUCAUCCAGAUUCACAUCAGCAUGUCAGCUGGAUUAAAAAGCUUCUGUAUGAUCAGGGAACAUUUUACUGGUUUUUUAUCCAGAUAUGUCAGCUGCCCAGAGAGCUGGUGUCCUAAAUUUAACAGUAAAGAUCUGGAGUGAAUCUCAUCUCUGCUUCAAAACAGAAUUUAGAAAAUAAAUAAAUAAGCAGAGCAGGUUCAUGUGGAGGUCUGAGUGAAGACUGCAAUGUCAAACUGAGAUUAAGAACAGAAUAAAGCAUGAAGUUAACAUAGUAAAAGGCUGAGGUUAAAUCAUUGCGGAUGCUGUAAUUCUUUUUGUAACAUCUGUAAUCUGACUGACUGGAUUAUCUCUUACUGUACAUGUGACUCUGUAGUCUUUAAACACAUCCAGCUUUACAGUAAAUGAUGCAAAUACUCAGACAUUUAAUGCCGUGCAGCGUGAGUGUGCGUGUGUGUUGGUGACAUCAUGGUGUUGCUACUUUCUGCUGCAGCUCAAAACAAUCAUUUCCUGCAGUCCUAAUCCAGAUCAUCCUGUGUUGUCCUCUUUGCUAAAAUGUAUUUUUCUCCAGUCCAUAAAUCUGAUUUUUUUUUUUUUUUUUUUUUGUCCUGCUGGACUGCAGCAGGAAUCAAACCAUCCUUUUGAGUCUUGCUAAAAGAAACACAUCCAGCCUGCUAUCUAACUCUGUGUCUAUUUUUAGAUAUACUGUCUGCUCCUGUAGUUGUUUAUGUCCCUCACAUUGGCCUGUCUGAAAUUUUUAACUGUUUAAAAACUCAGUCUGUCAGAGCUUUUUUGAAACAGAAAGUGAAAAUCAAAAAGUCAUGUGUGCACAGAUCUCUGCAUAUUGAAGUGGUUUUGUGCUAUGAUUUAUCAAACUUCAUUUAUUUGUAAAGCACUUUUCAUACAUGGAAUGUAGAACAAAGUGCUGUCCAUUUGUGCAGGAUAUUAAAAAAACAAUGAAAAAAAAAUAUAUAUACAAAUACAAAUACCACCCACCCUCCCAACCCCCAUUCAACACAUGCAACACUCACACACACAGAUGCAUACACAAAAGACCAGGACUCUUCAACUUGCCACAGAUGUUUGAGGAAACGCUAUCUUAAGUUAAAAAAGAUGAGGAAACACUGGAUCUAGGACUAAAACGUUAAAACCAUGAUAAAAUAUAAUAAAGGUGAUAAAACGUUAAAGGUUAAUUAAUUGGAAGUCUUAAACUCGAACAAUAAAAGAAAGUAAAUGAAAAAGAGGUAAUAAAACACAAAAUAAUUACUCUAGGACUAAAAUCACAUAAUGCAGAUUAAAGGAUUAAAAGAAAAUUAAACUAAAAGCCGGACUGAAAAGGUGAGUCUUUAGUUUGAUUUAAAAAAUAUGUACGUUAGGUUAUUAUGCCUAAUGACUUCUUAUUCCGACAGAUAUUUUUAUGUUAUACGUUCCUCAGACAGAUUUAUGACUAAAAAGAAAGUCUCGUCCUCUUCUUCCCCGAAAGAAGAGGGUAAAGGUGAGAUUAUGCUAAAUAAUUAACUCUCUCAAAUUAACGUUUCAUUUGAUCAGUAAACCUCUGUACCUCGAUGGGUCAUAAGCAUAGACUAUAUAUAAGAUGGACAACCUGGUUCCGCCUUCCGCCUGUAUACGGAUUUGAAGCCAAAAAGCUCUCGGUAAUUCUGGGUUUUUCUCCACUUCCUUGAAACCAGAGCUGAGCAGUAGCGUUGUGCGCAUUCGGCCGCGCAGUCGCCGAGAGUCCCUGUGAUGACGCUCGGCUCAAACAGCGUAUCCCCCCGGGAGAGCUACUCAAUCCCUGAACGCCCAUAGGCUGUACCAGGUGUCAAUCAUAGAAAACAUGAACUGCAGUCCACCAUCAGAGAGUGCUGUUCUCGGAGUGGCUUCACCCAGCGAGGAGGCAGACUCUGUCCAUCUUAUAUACAGUCUAUGGUCAUGAGUGUUUUUUGCCAGGGGAAAGGGGAAAGCUGAGCAACCCUGUUUUUAAGUAUUUGUAGACAAAGUCGGUCAUGUGAUCACACAUAUUUGUAGUUAUCCACUUGACUCACCAGAUCUUUCACUGUUUGAAGUGAGUUUUUCUAGUGCAAGAGGUCAUGGUUCUCAUGUUGGUACUUUAGUAAGUGUCAGUAUAAGAUUAUAAUAGUACCGUAAUGUGAGCUCUAAACCACAAGUAUGAGGCUGUUGCAGUGAUGAAAUUUCCCUUGCAGGGAUUUAGGUUGGCUCAAUACUGUGUUAAUAUUGCACAGGUCUGUUUCUCUUCUAAAUAGUUAAUUAUUGACAUACAUUUAUGUUAACAUUGAAUGUGGAUGUUUGUUUCUUUCUUUGUUCCUUUCUUCCGUUUCAGUUUUGUUCCGUGAUAUCAUUUCCAUGUCUGCCCUCUUGACUUCACAGCAGGAGUGCCGUGCUGUGAUUGCAGACUGUAUCUACACUGAGGUAGGGGGUCACAAAGGACUCUGCUCUAAAUGUGGCCCAAGGAGCUGUUUGGGAGCUGAAAGAGUCUGUUGUUACAGAGCUGAAUCAUUAAAAAGAGACUGAAUUCCCAUCACUAUCAGCAUUUACGAUGAGGUUGUUAACCUGCCCUCAUGGAUGGCAGACAAUUUCAGUCAGGUCAAACAACCUUGUAGACUUAAGGUCCUUUCACACCGGGAACGUUUUUUACAUGCAAUUAUUUUGGACGUCAAUAUUUUUUUCCGUUUUUUGAUCAUAGUCGAUUUUUCUAAAGUUUCACAUACUGUGUGUCCACUUCUGAUCAGAUUUUGUGUUGUUGCGACGUCUGAUUCACCGGUAUAUCCAACAUGGCCGACCGGCUAACUGUUUACGUGUCGGAGAACAGAGUGCUUUUUGAUAAAAGACACAAAUAUUACAAAGAUAACUACCUGUAUGACAACUUGUGGAGAGUCAUAGCGUCGGAUCUCUCAUAUGACGAUAGUUUGUGUGCUUUAACAGUUUGUUAAACGUCUUUGUUUUAACUUUCAUCUGUGCUAAGUAACUUUAGCUCGUAAGCUAACCUGUUCAAAUACAACAUAACAGGUAUUUUCACUGUCUCAAACUCAAUCGUGUUGCUGUCACAGCACCAUUAGGUCUCGGUUGUUUCUUUACGUUUAUGGAUUAUAGUUUAAUGUGCUUAUCUGGUACUGGCCCAGACUCAGUACAUGCUAUCUAUAGUCCAUUAGAAUAGUAUGCUACAUGCUACAGACAGCCAUCUCAACACUAGUGUCUAAUCAGAACUGAAAAACAGUCAGUUUGGUGUUGUGUCAGUCUUAUUGCUUCCACCCGGGACGCGUCUUUUCCCCCCCAGAAAGUCGCAAAAUCGCAUCGGGCUUGAUGUGUAUAGUCAGGCACGUCAAAAUUCUCCUCCGAAUAUUUUGUAGUUUCGUGUUCUAUAUUCGUGUCAGCCCCGGUGUGUAAGGACCUUAAAUCUUGUAUCUUUACAGACUUACUACCCUGUCUGAAGGUUGGUUUCUCCACUGUGGAAAAUAUCAUCAUCUCCACCUCUAGAUACUGCGUCACAACAUCUGCAAGGAGUCUCUUUCAGAAGUGUAUUUGGUAACUGGAAUAAAGGCACCGUAGACUCUGGCAUGAGCUGCUCUUCUCUUUGCUGGAGGAAGCUACAGCUUAUAUUCGACAGCCUUUGGUAACUUUCCCUUGAAUUCAGUGAGUUUCCUUGUUAAUAUAGAUCGUAUUAAUGCUUGAUUUGCAUACUGACUUUGUAUCGUGCACAAAGAUUUUGCAGUACCUGGAUUCAAAAGCUUGGUCCCACUUUAGAGGUAACAUCCUGCAUGAAGGACCCAUCCUACACAAAGGACAAAGGACCCGUUCUAGCAACCUGAACUAGUUUACAUAACUAACCUGCUGAUGUCAUAAAUUUGAUGUUUUAAGGCCCCUUUGAUUUCUGAUUGAGUUAGAGGCAAAGCCUGACAUUUAAAGGCAUACAGUAUGACUCAGACACUUCAGGAUUUGUCUCGUUUGAAUCAUUCUGCAAUGAAUCAUGGGAUACAUUGGGGUUGUGAAGGUUAGGGUUGGAUAUGUGUUAAUCAAAGGAGCCUCAGAGUGGGAAAGUCUUCGGCUACCAUGAUGAGGUUUCUCAGCAGGAUGUUCUGUUAGACCAUCUUUGUUUGACUGAUGUCCGUCUACAAACUCCUGCAGAGUUGAAACUCUUGGAGGAAAUCUGUUUGAAGCUCAAUGUGUGGAGUUUUCAGCUGGUUCACACUCCUCAGUGAGAACAGUCAUUCAUCACACAGAGAUAACACAGUGAUUAUUCGGGGACAUUUAGAUAGGGCUGAGAAAAUAUUACCAGCUCACAUUUACCAUCUGAAAUCAUAACUCAUCCCCCGCUGACUGUGUUUCCCUGAGUGUAAAUUCAUUUAAAUAACCUGAUAAAAGGCUCUAAUCUGUGACAUUGUGCUGCGUUGUAAAUAAGGAAUCAAGAACUGGCAUAUGAGAAUAAUGUGAGCAUUAACCUGUGAUUGAAUUAGAGAGAUAAAGCAGCACACAUUUAUUAAAGGAGGUUCAGAUUUGCAUCACAUUUGAAUAGGAACAAAAAGUGUUUUGGUAAACUCUGGGAGCUCAGAAAAAAACUUUAACAAACUUAACUUUUCAGCGCUGAUCAUGAUAUCAGUCAAGAACAUCCAGGCCCAACAUCCACCCGGAUCAGAUUUGAUCACAACUUAUCCUGUAUCUCAGAUGACAGAUGGCCCUGAUGUGUUUUGUUUUAAAGUCCUACUCUGAUCGUAGGUCAUCAGCAAUUUGCCUCUGAGUCGUGGGUGGAGACAGCACUGCUCUGCACACUCCUCUUUACGUUAGCUUGCAGCCUAAUAUUGCUGGUGUAGGAGAAGUGGCAGGUAACAUAGGAGCUAUUUAGCUCUCCGACACUAAUGUCGUUUAGGGGCAUGAUGAAAGUUGAUAUCAUAAUUAGCUUUCUUACGAGCAUUGCAAUCUGCUAACACACACACUUGUUCCGCGAUUGUCCUAUUUCUCAGAGUCUGGCCUGCAUAGCGAGGCUCAGGGGGGCGGAGCUUGGAAUUGUGAUGUAGGAAAUCCCACUGUGUCCGAAACCUGCCGUUUGGGUCUGCCAGAGAUUCACAGUGAUUUGAAUGUAGAAAUACUCAGAAAUGCAAUUUUGCCUUUAGUUUUCUUAUAAGUCCUGUAGCAUAAGAAAAAUGCCAUACGAACAUGUAAAAAACAAGAAAAACAUGAUUUGGGUCUUUAAAGCUACAGUGCCUUGAAAAAGUUUUCAAAUCCCUAAAACUUUUUCACAUUUUGUCACUCUACAACCACAAACUUAGAAGUAUUUUAUUGAGAUUUUUUGUCAUAGACCAACACAAAGUAGCACAUAAUUGUGAAGUGGAACGAAAAUGAUGAAAAGUAAAAAUGAAAAGUGUGGUGUGCAUUUGUAUUCACCCCCCCCCCCCCCCCCCCCCGUGUCGAUACUCUGUAGAGCCACCUUUUGUUGCAAUUACAGCUGCAAGUCUUUUGGGGUACAUCUCUACAAGCUUUGCACUUGAGACUGAAAUUUUUGCCCAUUCUUCUUUGCAAAAUACCUCAAGCUCAGCCAGAUUGGAUGGAGAGCGUCUGUGAAAAGCAAUUUUCAAGUCUUGCCACAGAUGCUCAAUGGGAUUUAGGUCUGGACUUUGACUUGGCCGUUCUAACACAUGAAUAUUCUUUGAUCUAAACCAUUUCAUUGUAGCUCUGGCUGUAUGUUUAGGGUCAUUGUCUUGCUGGAGGGUGGAUAUCUUUUUCAGUCUCAAGUCUUUUGCAGCCUCCAACAUGUUUUCUUCCAGGAUUGCCCUGUAUUUAGCUCCAUCCAUCCUCCCAUCAACUCUGACCAACUUCUCUGUCCCUGCUGAAGAAAAGCAUUCCCACAGCAUGAGGCUGCCACCACCAUGUUUCACAGUGGGGAUGGUGUGUUCAGGGUGAUGAGCAGUGUUACUUUUCCGCCACACAUAGCGCUUUGCAUUCAGUUCAACUCAAAGUUCAACUUUGGUCUCAUCUGACCUGAGCACCUUCUUCCACAUGUUCGCUGUGUCCCCUACAUGGCUUGUGCCAAACUGCAAAAAGGACUUUUUAUGUCUUUCUGUCAACAAUGGCUUUCUUCUUGCCACUCUUCCAUAGAGACCAGAUUUGUGGAGUACAUGACUUCUAGUUGUCCUGUGGACAGAUUCUCCCACCUGAGCUGUGGAUUUCUGCAGCUCCUCCAGAGUGACCAUGGGCCUCUUGGCUGCUUCUCUCACCAGUGCUCUCCUUGCUCGGUCUGUCAGUUUAGGUGGACAGCCAUGUCUUGGUAGGUUAGCAGUUGUGGCAUACUUCUUCCUUCCAUUUUUGGAUGAUGGAUUGAACAGUCUGCUGAGUUCCUUGGUCUUCAUGAUGCUCUUUGUUGACUAGUUUUCUCUAACAAAGCACUGAGGCCUUCACACAACAGUUGUAUUUAUACUGAUACUAAAUCACAGGGAGGUGGACAGGUGGUUGUAGAGUGACAAAAUGUGAAAAAGUUCAAGGGAUAUGAAUAUUUUUCCAGGGCACUUUAUAUUGUGAAAAAUGACACUGUGACCUCUUGUUCCAUAAAACAAAUCAAUUGAAUUUCAUGAUUAAAGUUACUACACUAAUAUAUAUAUAUAUAUAUAUAUAUAUAUAUAUAUGUUGUUUUUGUUGUGUUUUCUGCUAUGUGAAGUUCUCUUUACCUGCUCCGAUGAAGAGAAUAGUGGUUGUCAUUUUCUCCACACUUAGAGUUGAAAUCAUCUUCCUGUAGUCUAGUUUCUGAUUCUUUGUGCUUCUCAGACUGCUCUCAUUCAUUCAGACAGCAGUGUUUGCUUUCCUUUAGUAAUGCUUUAAAAAUACCAGGGUCUGUCACUGAUGUAUUCAGUCCUGAUCAAACACCGACAGCACUCAGCUGUAAUAACACAAGUCAGUCCUUGUAGAACAAAAACCGAGUUCAUCUCAAAGGUAACGUGUCUGUCUUAUGCAGCAAAGAGACGUCAAUUAUUCAAACUAAUUUAAAAUCAGCAGAAAUAUUUUCACAGUUAAUCUGCCUUCAUCAAAGCUCAUGAGACACAGAGAUAAGAGAGGGCUGCAACAGUGAGAGCUGCUCUUCAGAGAUAUCAAAGAUUCAUGAUGGAUUUAUUCUGAAAAUAUUAACUCACCACUGUAACUCUGAUCCGAGCGAGUGUGGGCAUGAAGAGAAACCAAGCAGAAACCUCUCAGUGUAGAGAAAAAUGCCUGAGUGUCCACAUUAAUCUUUUCAUGACAACUGCACAGGCUGAAUUUCUGUGUAACUCACCUGUUUAAAUUGUGCUAAGGCUUAAUAAUACGCAAAAUGUGACAAAAUAGUUGUUACGCUGUGUAAAAUAUUAAUAAAACCCCAAUUUAGAGCUCUGCGAACCUUUAAACCUCAUAUUUGAUAGGAAUAAGUACUAAGAAAACAUAUUCGAUGUAAAAACAGAAAUAUUUUGUUUCAUGAAAAACUAUAUGUUGGCUGUAAUUUUGUUUGCAGUUACAGGCUUCUAGGGACCAGGGAUGUUAACUGUUGUGUUGCGUCACCUCUUCUCUCAAAGGGAAAUUCCGUCAUAAAUUGAAGUCAUGGUCAAACACACCGUUACACCGAGUUAGACACCCACUCAAGAGAUGAACGUUGCCGACUGCUUGCUUCUCUAGUUAUACCAGCUUCAGCAAGAACCGCAGGAUAGCAAUACACAGCAGUCUACAUCUCCACGUGCAAAUCUCAACCAAAAAGCCACUCUAUAGCCACAAAUAAUGCUCAGAACAGCACCUAACUUCAUCAACAGUACAUAUAGGGUCCCAGCCAUUGUACUAGCCAUCAAACAUCUUUUUAGCUUUGCCUGAUUUCUUUAGCGAAGAGACUAACCAAACUCACCCACUCUCCUCCCGCAGCAACUUGUUUGUGGGAGAGCCCUGACGAGUCAAUCACUGAGUGCAGCGGAGUUUCGCAGCUCAAGGAAGAACAUUUAUGAUUAUUACCUCAUGGAAAUGCAAUCAGAGAUCUUGUGUAUCUCGUAUGUGCACUGCAGAUACGUUAGUUCUUCUGUGUUUGCGUCUCACUUUGAUUGAACUUAAAAUUACGCCAGAAUCUCCCUUUAACACUUUGUAGGAGAGCAGUUGCUGCAGUUUUAAAGUUAAAUGUCUCUUCAUUGACAUUGUGUUUCAGUAACCAUUCAGGGUCUCCAUUGUUGCUUUUUGUGGCAUAAUGCUAAAAAAAUUCAACAGGUGACACAUUCAGACUUAAGUCAGGCCAGUUAAAUGUUUGAGAUAUGUGCAAAGUGUGGUUUGACAUUGUCCUACUGAAAUGUUCAAAGUCCUCCAUGAAAAAGACAUGCUGGAUGGCAGCAAAACCAGCAUCAAAGGUGCCUCUCCGGAUGUGAAAACUUCUCCAUAACAUCAGGGAUGCUGGUUUUUGAACUUUACAGGUGGUACCUGUUCACUGUAGAGCAAAGAACAUGGUGUCUAUGGUUUCCAAAACGAAUGCCAAAUUACCAAAGCAACUUGUAUCUGUUAGACCACAAGGCAGUCGUCCACUUUGUCUCAGAGAAGUUAUCUGUGUCUUUGGAUCAUAUUUAUGUAUGGUCUCAUUUUUCAGUUUUAACUUUGCAUUGUGGUGUGCAGAGACAGGCUGUGUUCACAGACAGUGGUUUGUGAAAGUGAUUCAGAGCCCAUGCAGUGAUUUCCACUACAGAGUCAUGCUUCUUUACUGCAGUGUCAUCAAGUGUCAGUUUUAAGCUUUGUUGCCUGUUCAGAGAUUCAUCCAGAUUCUCAGAAUCAUAUAGUAAUAUGAUUUAGUGUAGAUGCCCAGAUUUCCACUCAGCUUUUUAAAAUUCUCAUAUAUCCAUUUUGUGGAUUCGGGCUGCUGCUGCUGCUGAGGAUCGGGAAUCAAUAACUGUCCAUGUGUUUUUUACAGUACUUGCUUUUGUCGUCUUUAAAAUUUACAUGACGGAGGAACAGACAGAGGACGUCCCACCAGGAUUGAUCUCCUGACCUACAUUCUGUUAAGAUUUUAACCUUAUAUCUAGAUAUUCAUCAUCCUUGAAAAGAGAUCAAUCCCUUCCAAUGAUUUUUUGCCCCUUCCGUUUCUGUUUCUCAUUUCUCACUUACAUCUUAACUGCAGACCAACCAAAUCUGUUUUCCUCAACAUUUCAUAGAGCUCUCAAAAUCUUUGGAGCUCGGGUUACAAAUGUCAUGAGGAUUUGAUGUAGUCUGUUCAAACUAUCAAGCUCUUUUUGUGUGCAGAAAUAGAGAUAGAGCACAUUGUUCUUUCCAGUGAUGCAGCCUGAGGUUUCAGUCAUGCAAACUGAGCGGUGCUGACAGAGUGGAUGAUGUCUCAGCAGUAGCAGCAGUGACAGUGAGGGGCAGAGUGCUGUUGGAGCAGUAAUAACUGUGCCAGUCAGUGUGAGACACACUAACACUUAAGAUCAUUUUUAUCUUGAGUCAGAGUCCAGAGUCCAGACCUCGGCUGGAAUGAUGUGAUCCUUUCAGAUAAAUGACUGUGUCAUGUAGAUGUUAUGUUGGUGUCCCUGAGCAUCUGUUAGACAGACACAAUGACUUACUGCAGAGGAACUGGUGGAAGUGCUGAAGCCUCCUGAACUGCCUCACUGCUGCUGGCUCAGCUCAUUUUGUAGGAUGUUGGUGGUUGGAGAAAAUAUAUACUUUUUUUAUUAGGUACAUCAUCACUAGAGAGGAAAAUUAGCAUAAUUGAAAAGUGGGAGUUAAAAACAUAAACAUUAACAUUUGGAUACUGUGUUAGUCUGUGUUUUUUCUUGAGGCAGUAAGAAUGUGGGCUGAAGCGAGGUAAAGAGAAUCAACAAGGAUACCAUGAUUUUGUUUUUGUACCUGGUUCAAACUGCGACAACUAUUAGCUUUUUCUUAAUAAAUUUUGUUUUCAUAACUGCAAUUGAAGGCUGCAGUAAUAAUGAUGACUGAUGUUUGAGUCUAAAGGAAGAUGCCUGACGUGCCUGCACGGACUCACAAUCACUUUCAAAAAGUAUUUUCUGAGAACACAGUUUGUCUCUGCACCCACAAACGCAAGUUAAAAAUGUAGCAUGCAAAGAAAAAAACGCAAGAGGCAUGACUCAGAAAUGUCAGUGUCUUGUUUGAGAUGGAAUUAAAUGAAGUGGACACUGACUCCUGCACUCUAACGGGGUGAGGGACCACCCGGCUGUAAUCAGCAUACACUCUAACAGCCUGUAUGAUAUAAGGAUGUGUAAGUGCCCAUUGGAUGGACAACUUACAUAUCUGAGAAGACACCGUCACAGCUGCAGUCCGCAGUAUGCAGCAUGCAGCAUGCAGCAUGCAAUUUGCUUACUAAGCUCCUUACAGUAUCACCGGACAAUACUCUGUGCAAUAACCCACUUAACUGUGCAAUAUCAUCUGUGAUGUGCAAUACCACGUGCAAUACAGCAUUCGUACACCUUUGUAAAUCAAUUUGCAUACCUCAUUUAUCCCACCAACUUAUCCUCCAUCUCAUACAUCAACACUCAGCACCUACUGCAUCGCUUGUUCACUUUGUAAAUAUCUCCUUUUUCACUUGUAAAUAUUUCUCGCAUUAUUUUUUUUUUGUAUCCUCAUUUUAUUGUAUUCCUUCAGUACUAUUUUGUGUUUAUCUGUACCCCUUUGAGUCGAGCGGUCCUCUCAUCCAGGGCAUUUCAUUGCACUGUUGACCUUGUCUAACAUGCACAUGACAAAUAAACAAAUCUUGAAUCUUGAAUCUUGAAUGUGAACAAUCCAGGUUUUUAAUGCUUUCCCCAGAGGAAACCUGAUAUACCUCAGGAAGGCAAUGGGAAAUGCAGUUUGCUACUAUUACAUCGGUAUGGCUCUGUGAUAGAUGCGUUCAGAUGCAAAGCUGGCCUAUCUAAAUCUGUCUACAUAUCUGUAUCUAUAUGUUCCUAGUGUAUACAUUAAACACAUCAAAGUAGCAAAUCGAAAUUAGUUUGUUACAAACCUGAAAUCCAUCUGCUUUUUGCGGGUUUUGAUGUCAAGUCCUGGUCCUAAAUAAAUUUUUAUUAAAUUAUUAUUUUUGAUUAAAGAACAUUGGUGCUGCAAUUACACUCAAUUUUACAAUUUAACAUCCUGCAAACACUCAGGAUCAAGCAUUUACCCAGACUAUGGUAUGAAAUGUGUGAUUUGUAGUAUACUGUUGGGAUUACCUCUUCAUACCUUCCUACUCUGUCUCUCCCCAGGCUGUUGGUUGAUGAGCUCAAUGGACCCCCUCUUCUUCAUCGCUGUCCUGCUGCUGCAUGAGCUUGUGCCCCUCCUGUUGGCCCACUGAAAGACUUCAACCAAACGUGUGUUGACCUUCAACCCUCUCACAUUUUAUACCAAAAAACAAAACAGCAGCAGCAGCAGCAGUCAGAGGCUCACGGUAAACCACAUCACUGCAGGGAGUUACAGAGAGAGAUGGUGGACUCCUCAGACUGCAAACAGAGAGCUGGAAGCUACAGGACAGUCUGCAGAGCGGAGCGUGCAGAGGAGACAGGAUGGAGCGUCAGUCCUGACACACACACACAGACAAACAGCUGAUCUAGCACUGUCUACUCUGCACCUGCUUCAUGCACGGCCUCCUCAGACACCACAAACUCACUUUCUUCUGCAGCAUUUCACUGUGAAUUCUUUACAGAUCACCUCAGUGUGAGUCCUGCUGCUCAUACAAACACUCUCAGCCGUUCAGUCAUGUGACCUCCAUGUUGUUCUUUUAUUUGGAGGGAAGUGAUUCAAACUGUCAGUUCUUUUCUGUAGACAUCUCCUCCACACAGAGCUACCAUCCAUCCACUGUGUUAGUCUAAUGUAGAUCAUGCCCUCAUCCUCCUACACACACACAGACACACACACAUCUGUGUUCUCAUAGCUGUGUUUCAUGUAAAUGAGGAAUAAUAAGCUGAUAUAUUUUAUGGAGAUAAGGCACACCUGCUCAUUGUUGUUGUUCUUCACCUCCAAUAAUGUUUAUUUUUAUUAAAUCUGUGGUGACUUUUAUUUCUAUGAGACAGAACUUUCCCACAGCAGCUCAGAUGAACUUUACUGUUUUUCUAAUAAAAGCUAGAUUUCAAACAUG